AAAUAAAAAUCCCAAAAAUAAUAUUAAGCCCUUGUUUCUCUCUCUUAUCCGCUCCUCUCUCUUUGGUCUGUUCCUGCCGCCGCCGUCGCCGUUCUCCUCCGCCAGAUUCAUUUGUUUCCUCCGCCGUCUACACUCAUUGCUUCUCCUCCGGUCGUAGGUAUUGGGAAACUUGAAGAUCCAAGAAAAACAACUACUUUUUAUAGUGGGGACUGUCCUAUUUAUUGGAGCUUGACUGUGUAAUAAGAUAUAAGCUCAACGAGUAUUAUACCCGAAUACCGGGUCUACAUAUCAAUGUCAGAAGGUGAAAUGGCCAUCAUCAAACCAGAGAUGAUGAAAUCCUAUAUAUGGCUUGAAACUGCUGAUGGCUCAAUCCAACAAGUGGAACAAGAGGUCGCAAUGUACUGUCCCAUGAUAUGUCAAGAAGUAUUACAGAAGGGUGUUGGAUCUUCUAAGAACUACGCAAUAUCUCUUCCACAGCGAGUCAAUCCAGCUAUGUUAAGCCUGAUUUUUGAUUACUGCAGAUUUCAUCACGUACCUGGACGUUCAAAUAAGGAACGUAAAAUUUAUGAUGAAAAAUUUAUCCGGAUGGAUACAAAGAGGCUCUGUGAGUUGACCUCAGCUGCUGACAGUUUGCAGUUGAAGCCGUUGGUUGAUCUUACUAGUCGUGCCCUUGCACGAAUUAUUGAGGGAAAAACCCCUGAGGAGAUACGCGAAAUAUUCCAUUUGCCUGAUGACCUUACUGAGGAGGAGAAAUUAGAGCCUUUGAAGAACACAAUGGAUGAUCCACGGAUUCGAUUGUUGAAUAGAUUGUAUGCUAAGAAAAGAAAGGAAUUGAAGGAAAGAGAGAAACUAAAGAGUGUCGAGGUUGAAGAACAUGUCGAUGAGCGUUCUGUGGAUGAUUUGUUAUCAUUUAUUAAUGGCAGAGAUCACAAGGUGGUAAAGACUUCCAAGAGCAAAAAGAAGAACAAGAAAAGGAAGGAGCAGAAGAACGGUACUUCAAUGGGAAUAUGUGAAACUUCAGAAAAGGAUUUAAAGCAUAAUCUUCAUUCCAAAUCACGAAAUGCUGAGAAUGUGGAUAAGACUGCGUCGAGCUUGGGAGAUGUAUCUAACUUACUUAGUAUGGAAGAUGACAUUUUUACGCCAAAGACUGAGUUUGAAGAUGGUUAUAUAGAUGAUGAAAUUGAUCCAGCUUUGAAGGAAAUGCUUGAUAGAGAGGUAGAGGAUUUUGCUCGGAGAUUGAACUCUAGUUGGGUUCUAUCAAUAGGACAAGAAAGGCAGCCUGUGCACUUCUCCAUUAAUGGCAACGGGGCUACAAGGCGACUGACAGGUCCAGCCGCAGGACACAAGUGAAGCUAAAAACGCUAGCCCAAUGGCUGGAACAGUUUUGGUGAGAUCCCCACUAGAAUGUAAGCAAUUAGAGAGAGUGGUGUUCCGGUCACCGGCGUUUGAUGUGUGUCCACCUGUAUUUUUUUUUUCUUUUUAUACAAUCUGCUUUCUUUCUUUCUUCUCAGUUAAUUCGAGAGGUAGGAUGCAGUUUUGUUUGUUUUCUUACAUCUUUUUAGUGAUCAACCCUUUGUACACAACUCUUAAUUAAAGAACUGGUGAAAGCAUUUAGUUGGUGGGCA